AUGAUUUGUUACAUGUGUUCCAGGGUGUUGUUUGAAUUACUAUGGAGGGAUUACUUUAGGUUUCUUUCAAUCAAAUGCGGCAACUCCUUAUUCCAUCUAGGUGGUCCAAGAGAUGUGCAAGGGGAAUGGAGUCAAGAUAAGAGGCUGUUUGAGUCUUGGAGAGAUGGCAAGACCGGGUAUCCUCUUAUAGAUGCAAACAUGAAGGAGUUAUCCACUACAGGUUUCAUGUCAAACCGAGGCAGACAGAUUGUUUGUUCGUUUCUUGUGAGGGACAUGGGCUUGGACUGGCGCAUGGGUGCUGAAUGGUUUGAGACAUGUCUAUUGGACUAUGAUCCUUGUUCUAAUUAUGGAAACUGGACCUAUGGAGCAGGAGUUGGUAAUGAUCCAAGAGAAGACCGGUACUUCAGCAUCCCCAAGCAAGCACAGAACUAUGAUCCAGAAGGAGAAUACGUUGCGUUCUGGGUGCAGCAGCUGCGUCGGCUUCCAAAAGAGAAAAGGCAUUGGCCAGGGAGAUUGAUAUAUAUGGACACAGUUGUGCCAUUGAAGCAUGGUCAUGGUGGUGGUAAUGCUCAAGCGUCUCGUGUGUCAAAGUCUCGUGGUGGUUUCAGAGAUAAUCACAGUGGGAGACGUUGA